ACUUCUGAUCCGAAAGUCGAACCUCACAUACAUUGAUACGGACAAGUUGCACUUCGACGUACUGACGGCAUCAAUUUCAGCAUCAUUCCCCGCGUCCUGUUGCUUUAUCAACACAUUUUAUCUAGGAAGAUACUGUUCCGUCAGUUCCAGCGACUAGGAAUAUAUCCUAAUCGCCAGGUGUUCCCUUUGGUACAGCCGCUCGCGGGCGGCACACUUAUCGCCACAGAGCUACUUAGGGAAAGUUGCCCACCAUGCGGUUAGAUGUGAAGCGACAACUGUUCGCCCGGUCGGAGAGGGUCAAGGGCAUUGACUUUCACCCGACUGAGCCAUGGAUUUUAACUACAUUGUAUAGCGGUCAUGUUUAUAUAUGGUCUUACGAAACACAGUCUAUAAUUAAAACAUUUGAGCUUACCGACGUCCCUGUCCGAGCCGGUCGAUUCAUUGCGCGAAAAAAUUGGAUUGUCUGCGGUUCCGAUGACUUCCAACUCCGCGUCUACAAUUACAACACGUCCGAAAAGAUCGCAUCCUUCGAAGCGCAUCCAGAUUACAUUCGGUCUAUUGUCGUCCAUCCGACCCAACCGUUCGUACUCACCGCUUCCGAUGACAUGACGAUUAAGCUGUGGGAUUGGGACAAGGCAUGGAAAUGCGUUCAGGUUUUUGAGGGACACAACCAUUAUGUCAUGGGUCUGGCCAUCAACCCGAAAGACACAAAUACAUUUGCUUCAGCGUGUCUUGACCGGACGGUAAAGAUAUGGAGUCUGGGCUCACCGCAUGCGAAUUUCACACUUGAGGCCCAUGAGACGAAGGGGGUUAAUCACGUUGAUUAUUACCCACAAGCGGAUAAGCCGUACCUGUUGACGACUUCCGAUGAUAAGACUGUAAAAGUUUGGGACUACACCACAAAGGCGCUAAUAGCUACGUUAGAGGGCCACACUAGCAAUGUUUCCUUCGCGUGCUACCAUCCAGAGUUGCCUGUCAUUAUCUCCGGCUCGGAAGAUGGAACCAUCAAAAUCUGGCACGCCAACACAUAUCGACUAGAGCAAUCCCUGAGCUAUGGCCUGGAGCGUGCAUGGUGUGUUAGCUACCAACGUGGCAAACAAGGCAUUGCCAUGGGUUUUGACGAUGGAGCUGUUGUUGUCAAGAUGGGUCGUGAAGAACCUGCUGUUUCCAUGGAUGGGUCCGGAAAGCUGGUUUGGGCGAGACACAACGAAGUCGUGUCAACCGUAAUCAAGGGUGGUGACGCAACUCUCAAAGACGGCGCCCCCUUGUCGCUCCCGACGAAGGAACUCGGUUCCUGCGAAAUAUACCCGCAGACACUCACCCACUCUUCGAAUGGGCGGUUCGUCUCUGUCUGCGGAGAUGGCGAAUACAUUAUCUACACUGCACUUGCAUGGAGAAAUAAAGCCUUUGGACAGGCUUUAGACUUCGCCUGGGGUUCAAAGGAUAAUAGCAAUGAUUAUGCGAUUCGGGAGUCUAGUACCAGCGUCAAGAUUUUCCGCAACUUCAAGGAGAAAAGCGGAGGUCUCGAUGUGGGAUUCCAAGCUGAAGGCCUAACAGGUGGUGUUUUGCUGGGAGUCAAGGGCCAAGGUGGUAUCGGGAUGUUUGACUGGGAAACUGGUUUACUCGUGAGGAGAAUAGAAGUGGAUCCUCGAGCUGUAUACUGGUCUGAAUCGGGAGAACUAGUUACUCUUGCAUGCGAUGAUGCUUUCUACGUCCUCCGUUUCUCCCGCGAGAAUUACAUUGCCGGCCUCAACAGCGGCGAAGCUGACGAGGAUGGGGUCGAAGCUGCUUUCGAAGUAAUUACAGACGUCAGCGAAUCCGUCCGGACAGGCGAAUGGGUUGGCGAUUGCUUCAUCUACACUAACUCCACAAACCGCCUAAACUAUCUCGUCGGCGACCAAACCUACACAAUCUCCCACUUCGACCAACCAAUGUAUCUCCUUGGCUACCUGCCCCGAGACGGACGCAUCUAUCUUGCCGACAAGGAUGUAAACGUAAUCUCUUUCUCCCUCUCCCUCGCCGUCGUCGAAUACCAAACCCUCGUACUCCGUGGUGACAUGGACUCCGCCGCAGAACUCCUCGAAGACAUCCCUGCCGACCAAAUGAACAAAAUCGCCCGCUUCCUCGAGGGACAGGGUAACAAGGAACUAGCCCUCGACGUCGCCACGGACCAGGAACACCGUUUCGAACUCUCCUUAGCUCUCAACAAGCUCGACAUCGCCCUCGAAAUUGCGCGCGCCGCUGACGUCGAGCACAAAUGGAAAAUCGUCGGUGACGCAGCCAUGGCCGCCUGGGAUCUCGCCCUGGCUCAAGAAUGCUUCUCCAACUCCAAGGAUCUAGGUUCGUUGCUGCUCCUGCACACCGCUAGCUGCAACACCGACGGUCUCCGCCGUUUGGCCGAGCAAGCCGAUUCAGCAGGCUCGCAUAACGUCGCCUUCUCCGCGCUCUUACAACUUGGCGAUGUCGAUGCGUGCAUCGACCUCCUUGUCCGGACGAAUCGGAUCACGGAAGCUGUGCUGUUCGCGCAGACGUAUAAGCCCAGCCGCGCCGCGAAGCUUGCAGCCAAGUGGAAGGAGAGUUUGGAGAAAGAGGGUAAGACGAAGGUGGCAAGGAUUAUUGGGAUUCCACCUGGGGCUGGAAUCGAAGGGGUUGAGACGGAUGACGAGUUGUUUCCGGAGUGGGAUGAGUAUUUGAGAUUGGAGACGGAGGGAGGCGUUAAGUCUGUGGAUUUGAUUGAUAUUAAUGGCGAUGAUGAAGUGGAGGAAGUUGGUGGUGGUGAUGGUGAGGCGGAGGCAGUCAAUGGCGUUUCGGAAUAAAGGGAGUAAAGGAUAUAAAUUUUUGCUGCUAGUGUUGUCGUUUUGUUGUUUGCAACGAAGGGUAAAAUGAAUGAGGUCUUUUCUUCUUCUCCCCCCUUUCUUCACUCCGUCCGCCCUUUUCUAUCUUUCUUUAUUUCCAAUUUGUUAAUUUAAUUUUAUCCUUUUCAUAUCUAUUACAGUUAGGGAGAGCCACGCGUAAAGUCAAAAAAAAAAAUGGUACAUUUCCCCAUGUUCUUCCCAUCAUAUUUAUUUAUUUCUUUCUUUAUGCCUUCUUGCUUUCCUUAUCUUCCUUUACCUUCCUUAUACUUUUUUUUUCCACCUUUUUUGUAAACGGCGAGCGUGAGAGAAGUUACAUAAAAAGUCAUCCUAGCAACAGGGCCCUAUUACCUAACAUCCCUUUCCCCAAGCUAAGCAGAAGAAAACUUGCACAAUCAUAUAUAGCUACUAUUUUGCCUCGCCUUUUCGCUACAUUAGUCUUUGCAAGAUAUAGAUAACGAGCAUGCCCUCAUUCUUCACCAUUUGACCCACUACAAAGAGAAUUAUACCACUACCAACCGAUGAAGGGACCCUCAACCGGGCCACAAAGUGUA